ACAGGCAUCACUACUAACCACCACAACCAUCUAAAUACAAACCCACAACCAAAAUGCCCCCCUCAACCUCCAACUUCAGCUACGCCGCACACCUAUACCCCUACGCUCACCCCCUCCCAACAAUCAUCCCAACAAUCCUCCCGCACCUCCCCCCAAGAACCCACAUCGUAGCCGGCGGGCUAAUCUUCCAGCCCCCAUCCACAGAGACCCAAGAACCCAAAAUCCUCCUUCUGCGUCGCGCACUCACAGACUCCCUCCCAGGGAUCUGGGAAAUCCCCGGCGGAUCCUGCGACCCAGCCACAGACGCCUCCGUGCUGGCCGGCGCCGCCCGCGAGAUCCGCGAGGAGACUGGGUUGAUGGUUGCGCGGUUCGUGGAGUUGGUCGCUGUUGAUGAGUGGGAGCGGGUUCGUGUCGAUGGGGUGCGGAAGGUGGUGAAGUUUACUUUUCUGGUGGAGGUUGAGGGUCCUACCUCUAUUUCCGGGGAUAGGGGGGUUGGUUCUGCUCCUGGGGAGGUUGGUUCUGGGGAUUGUUGGAUUCGGUUGGAUCCGGCGGAGCAUGAUGCUUUUGUUUGGGCUACUGAGGAGGAGGUUAGGAGGGGUUUCGUGCCGCUGGGCGAGUCAGAUGGAGAGGAAGCGGGCGUGAGGUUGAGGUUUUUGGAGACGCAACGACGGAAUUAUUUGGAGGGGUUUCGGGUUUUUGCUGCAUCUUGUUCGGAUGCCUGUAAAUGAGUUGGUUGGGAGGAUGAACUCAAGGAAAUGGCAUGGGUUGAGGUGAGGAUUGCAUUGGGUGGUCAUACUACGUUUUGGGAGUGUGAUGAGUCGGACGGCUUAUACUUAUAUUCA